GCGCAGUGGCGUCGGUGCGUGACUGAACGCUCUCCUGCAGGAGAUGCUGAGCUCAGAGUGAUGGGAGACAGCAGGAGGACAAACAUCACUCUCCACCGCCGGAUAGCACAGAUGUGAAGAUGGCGUCGUGCCCGGAGUUGUGCGGCUCGGAGUACGGUGAUGGAGGGCAGCAGCGCUACGGCGUUCGCUCCUACCUGCACCAGUUCUACGAGGACUGCACCUCCUCCAUCUGGGAGCGCCACCACGAUGAGUUCCAGACGCAGAGAUCGCCCAGCCGGUGGAGCUCUGUCCUCUGGAAGGUGUGUGUGGCAGUAGGAGCGGUGAUCUUGGUCUCAGGUCUGUCGGUGCUGCUCGUCGGUUAUGCCACGCCCCCACGUCUGGAGGCGUUUGGAGAGGACGAGCUGCUGUUUGUGGAUGGCCGAGCCGUGCGUUUUAACCGCGCCCUGGACGCCUGCAAACUGGGCGGAGCUGUGCUCUUCUGUGUGGGCGGGGCUGGUGUGGCAGCCGGUCUCCUCUUGUUGGCCGCCUGCGGGCAGGGCGGAGCCAAACACGAGCUCCGCCUCCAGCGACGCUUCAAAGAGCGACUAGCGGAGAUCCAGGCAUCUGUUCCUAACCCCGGAGAUGCCAAGGUUCCUGUCACGCUGUCCAAAGUCCAGAACAUCCAGCCUGGCGCUGACCCUUGACCUCCACAGACACUUCAGCAGUAUAAAGUCAACAUGUUUAAUUAUUAUAUAAUACUUAAAUAUGUUUAAUUUGUAGAGCAGCACACUUUAAGCCUAAGAAUGCUUCACCAAUCACUAUUUAGGACACAAACACACAAAGUGAUGUGUGGUUUUCCGUAGCAGCUCUUUUUGCUGAUAACGACCCGCUGCACUGAACUCCUUGAAAUAAAAUAAAAUAAAACGUAAAUCUGAAAAUGACCUUAAAUAAUGGAAAACUUUGACUAAGAUAAGAUAAGAUAAACUUUACUGAUCCCACAGUGGGGAAAUUCACUUCACAGCAGCUCACAGACAGUUAAAGUGCAGGAAGAAAGAAAAGGAAGGAAGAAAACUAUAACUAUAUAUACACCUUAGGAAUAAUAAAAGAAAUUAAAUUAUAUAAAAUGUAUAAAAUAUUGCACAUUCGAACAUCACAGUAAUGCGGUUAAAUUAAGUAAGUAAGCGUGUGGAAUAUAUCAUAAAACCGAUGAUCAGCUCAUACUUACCUUACUUUAUUAUUGAGAUAUACUGUAUACUGAAACUAAGCGUAUUUGCUAAAUAUCAUAAAAGGAACAAAUUAGCUUAGCAUAAGAAUCUAUUAGCAGCUGCAAUCUUUGCUGGAAUACAUGUGAGUCACGUUUUUCUGUUAAAAACUCUGGCCAUCUAAUCAUACUAGUGUAAUGUAAUAUUUAUACUGAGAAACAUAGACAGAGGUUUUCACAUAAUUGUGAAAACUCAAUUGUUAUUAAAUCUUGUUUUGGAGAAAAAAAGGCUCAAGUCAAGUAGUAAUAUAUUUUUAGAGAAAAGUCCAUCAUCAUUUAUCAAAGUAGCAUUUUAAUUAUGAUGUUCAUUUCAUGAUGCCUUAAAGUCAAAGCAUAGUUUCCUCAUGCUACGUUCACACUAGUAAGUGACAAAGCAAUGUUUUCUAUGUACGAAACUAGUAUGUAAUUUUUCUGAGAACGAAGCUAGUAUGAAGCUGAGCAUGGAAUGUAAAUCAAACAACCGAUUUUCAUACCGAAUAUAUAAGUACUAAUUUGCUGAACAGGCCAUGUCCACAAGAGACAAACUACAACUGCGUGAUGAUGAUUACUUUACAGCUGCAGCUAGCAUCACUAAUAAUGUUUUCUUCAUUGUUUUUUUUCAGGGAUGACUUUUUGAGUAGCACUUUUUGAUUUGUUUUGAGAUGACAUCAUCAUCAUUUGCAUAACUAUUAACUAUAUAACUGUAGAUUUAUUUCCAUUUUGAACAACAUAUCAACAUAUUGUCAGACGUCUGAUUAGAGCCGAUAUCUCCAAACAUGCUAAUCACAAAGUAAAUCCGCUAAUCCGCAGUAUAUUUGUUAUCUACAGCCAAAAAAUAAAUAAAUAAACAUAAAAAUUGUAUAAGUUACUCUAUUUGUUCUACGUUAGCUUCUCUUGAUGUCACUGCAGUAAGCUGCAUGACUAGUUUAAUAUUUCCUCCAAAAAUGCUAAUCAUUUAUGCUAGGUAUGAGAUCCAACAAGCUCGAUUUUGUCCCAAUCUGCCCUUCAUCACUUGAGUGUUUUUCUGUAUUUUCUGCCGACUUUUCCCUUCAGCAAAGAUUACAAGUUUUGCUUAGAGAGCUAUAAAGAACAUUCAUAAUCCAUUCAUUAGCUGUUCUUUUUAAUGCGCUGUAUAUUAUCGUACAGUGAUGACAGGAUGGCACUUAUGAGCCAGAUCGAGGAUUUUUUAUUGGUCCAAAACAAAUGCAUCUGGAUCUAUAAGGGUCAUCUUUCUCUGUCCUUCUGCUUUGAUAUUGAGUUUGCAUAUCACGUUAGCGUUUUUAUUUCUGUAAAACUUUUGCAAAUAUAAAGGGUUUUUUUUUGUUGUUUUUUAGCUAUUUUUCAAUUUUUUUCCAGUUUUCUGAAAAUAUAGUAUCUGCAACGUUUCUUUUUUUUUUGACUGCACUGUUUAGUGACUUUUAUUUCCAUGGUUACAGUUGUCCCAACAGCCAUCAUUGCUUAAAAUUUCUAUUUUCUUCUCUGUUGUGACUGACAGGUACAGGUGCAUGACAACCAAAUCCAGAUAUCAAUGCUAAUCAGGAAAAAAAAAAUGCUAAUUUGGACAAUUGUUGCGAAAUUCACUUGCAAUAUUGUGUUUGUUUUUGCAUUCUCAUGUACAGCAGUGUCACAGUUUGAAAUGGAAAAGCCAAGUCUGUUGGAUGGUUUAUGUUCUGAGUGUACCAUAUUGGUAAAAACAAUAAAAGCCAGGUCUUCA